AUGGCGGCCUCCAGCACCUCCAUGGCCUGGAUGGUGCUGGACUAUCAUCGCUCUCUGCGCUCCUUCGUGCCACACAAAGCCAAACAGAGCGUGGUGUCGUCGGUGAUGUACUUCCUGUGGAACCUGCUGCUGAUCUCGCCGCGGGUGGCGGUCCUCGCGCUCUUCUGCUCCGUGAUGCGCUCGCUGCUGCUGCUGCACUUCCUGUUCCUGUGGCUGGCCUUCCUGUUCUGGGCCAGGACUCAGCGCACACACUUCAUGGAGUCUCAGAGUGGGGAGUGGCUUUACCGCGGCACCGUGGGGCUCAUCUGGUACUUCAGCUGGUUCAACGUGAGCGAGGGCGGCACACGCGGGCGUAGCUUCAUCUACCAUGUGUUCAUGACAACAGACUGCACUCUGCUGCUGUCCACAUGGUGGCAGUAUAGAGACCAGGAGACCAGCCAGCUCUAUGCACCAGUGCUGCUGCUGGUGUUACCUCUGCUCUACACUUGCGGCCUGCUCCUCAAGUCCGUGUACUACUGCUGCUUCCACCCCAAACUGUGGAGGCCACGCCCCCUGGAGCAGAGGCCACGCCCCCUGGACCUGCCGGACUCGGAGCUGAGCGUGUGGGAGCUGUGUGCACAGGACAGGAGCAGUGUCCAACCACUGGUCAACCGACGCAUGAAGGCACUGGCUCACACCUUCUAUAGCAGCAAGAGAGUGUGA